GGGAACGGGCGGUGCAGGAUUUCAGGACUUUGAGGUUGUCUGGCACCGAAGGAAACGUCGGGGAUCCGCGUCUGCGCGAGCGUCCGGAAGGCCCCAGAUGCACAGGUACCUGCGCCGACACCAUGACCAGGUGGGCACGCGUCACGACCACGCGCAGCAAGAGGCCCUUGCCUGCGACGUCCUGGGAGGACCUGAGGAAGGGGUCUUCGGAGGGAACCGGCCAGAACCUGCCGAGGCGCAAGCAGCCCGGGGCCGGCCGGCCGCCCGUGCCAGACGAGGCACCCCAGGCCAAACGGAAAAAGAACAGGAAGAAAAAAGAGUACUUGAAUGAGGACGUCAACGGGUUUAUGGACUACCUAAGAGAGCACGCGCACGGGGGUCCGCAGGGGGAGGUUCUGGCCGCGGACAGUGAGGACGUCAGGGAGGAAGUUGCACGCGCUCUCAAGAAAGACAGUCGCCGGGAAGGGCGCCGGCUGAAGAGACAAGCAGCCAAGAAAAACGCGAUGGUAUGUUUCCACUGUCGGCAGCCUGGCCAUGGGAUCGCAGAUUGUCCGGCUGCCCUGGAAAAUCAAGAAAUGGGCACUGGAAUAUGUUACCGGUGUGGGUCCACAGAGCACGAGAUAACCAAGUGCAAGGCCAAAGUAGACCCGGCUCUUGGUGAAUUUCCUUUUGCAAAAUGUUUUGUGUGCGGGGAGAUGGGGCACCUGUCCAGAUCUUGUCCUGACAACCCCAAAGGACUCUACGCUGAUGGUGGUGGUUGCAAACUUUGUGGCUCUGUGGAACAUCUGAAGAAAGACUGCCCUGAAGCUCAGAAUUCAGAGCGCUUGGUCACGGUUGGCCGCUGGGCGAAGGGAAUGAGUGCCGACUAUGAAGACAUUCUGGAUGUGCCCAAGCCACAGAAACCCAAAACAAAAGUCCCGAAGGUUGUUCAUUUUUAGUAAGGAUUAGAACCGCCGCUGUCACUUUCCAAACUGGGCGCGCUGGAGCCACGCCGCUCGCAGUGUGCAGUGAGCCGUCCUGCCUGGCCAAGGAAGCACUUCUGCGCUGUCCGGAGAAGCCACCGAGGACGGUGGGUUUCCCCAGAGGACGCAUUCUUACCAGACCAAGAAGUCCCUGCGCGGUUCUAGUCCUGACUGCACUCCCGGGAGCUGCCCCUGGACACAGGGCACCUGCAUUGCCAGUGAAUUUUUUAGACGUACUUUUUUCUGGAUUCAGAGUAUCCAUUUUUAUUAUAACAGAAAUUUAUUUAUACAAAUUGACAUGAAAUAAUGUAUUUUAAAAAUAGUGAAUAAAAACACAUUUACUAUUUGCUUAUU